UCUAAAUUCCUCUUUUGUUUUAACUAUGACUGUAUUAAUUCUCCAGGGAACGUUUAGACCCUGCAACUGCCACUGCAAGCGGCCGCCCUGCCCGCAGCCGCUGCCGUGUGUGAUGGAUGUAUUGCCGUCCUGCUUCCCCAUGCGCUUCUACAACCCCUACGCGGACCCCAACACUGUCUGUCUCACUCUCACCCGGGCCAGCUGCCUGCCGCCGCGCGGGAGAGCCGCCUGCGCGCCAUGCACUCCUGGUGAUAUUAUUGACAGGUACACGUACUGGGGUCGCCCCCGCGGCAGCUGGUGCGAGUGUUGGGCGGUGGCGGCGAGCGCGGCGUGCCACGUUGCCGCUCUGCUGCCGCGCUGUUGCCGGCUGGGCGCCUGGCUCGCCUGCCUCGGCCUCCAGGCGGCGCUGGCUGCGUGGCGACAACCAUGGAUCUUCACCAGCUCUUUAUUGAUCUGCCUGGCCUCCUUCUACGGAACUGCUCUUAAAAGCUGGUUACCUAAACUUUUAGUUGUCUUCGUCAGCGUCUCCGUGAAGAAAACUAAAGGUGGACUAGGAGCUGCUGUCGAUGUUGCUGCUGACGGUAAAUUUUUGCUGACCGUACGUCGGCUUCAAGAAAGCUUCAAGUAA